AUGGCAGCCGUCGUCGAACACAGCCCCCCGUCGCAUUCCCCUCCGGGCCACAACGCGAAGCGACCCAAGGGAAUCCUCAAGAACUCAUUCCAAAGAUCUCCGCCCACCUCGCCCAGCGAAGAGCACCCUCUCACCGAGAAGGAGCUCACCAUCGUCAACACCCAGUACAACGCCGGCCACCGUCGCUCAUCUUCCGCCGCUCGCCCCUCGGGCUCCCGCCGCCAGUCCAGCCACACCCCUUCCGCCCACGGCGACGACGAGCAGGACUUGGAGUCUUCCCAGCGCCUCAAGUGGGACGAGGCGAACCUGUACCUCACCGAGCAGGAGCGCUCCUCGACCAUGAAGAUCGAUGAGCCCAAGACCCCCUACGCUAAGCACUAUGACCCCACCGAGGAUCCCUCCGAAGACGAAGAGAUGGAAGACCCGACCGUUGAGCGCAAGCCUCGCACGGCUCGUGCUGGCCCUGGCGUGGAAGAUGAUAUCCCUGUCAUGUCGCUUGGCGAGCCGGAAGAGGCGGUCCCGGAGAGCGAGUCGUCAAAAGAAAAGGCCCUCAAGGCCGUCCACGUCGAGGAAACCGACUCCUCUCACGGCGGCGACGAGGAUGACCUGGCUGGUCUCUCCCCCGAGGAGAGGGAGAAGCACCAUCGUUUCGAGCAGUUGCGCAAGAAGCACUACGAAAUGAAGGAUGUGGCCCACUUGUUGGGCCACCCCGAGGAACUACCCGAAGAGGAGGACGACGAAGACGCCGCCAACCCGCCUCCUGUCCCUGCUCUUCCACGACCCAGUCAGGCCACCAACGGCCAGGCCUGA